GGAAAUGCCGCAGCAGGAAGGACUGAUGGUCACUUUUUCCAUGCCAGAAGGAAGAAGCUUAUGCACACCAGGAUCUUAGCCUUUGGGUUUUGACCGCUAGCUGGAGGAGAAAACCCGCCCCGCUGGCAUUGGCCUGGGUGGGCAGCAGCUUGGAGAAGUAAAGCAUGGCCGGAGAUGUCCCUUACACCGCCUCGAUCCAGCUGUUGGAGGAGCCCAGACUGCUCAAGCUGAAGAAGACGUUCGUCUCUAAGUUUAAGUCAACUCCCAAGUUUUAUGCUCGAGCACCAGGGCGAGUCAACUUAAUAGGUGAACAUAUAGACUACUGUGGUUAUGCGGUGCUCCCGAUGGCCAUAGAGCAAGAUAUACUUAUAGCAGCUGAACCUCUAAGCAUUCCAGUUAUCCAUCUUGCCAAUACGAACUCUUCGUACUUGGAUUUUAGUACAAAUGCUAAUGACAUUGAGAUUAACAGAACAAAACCUUUGUGGCACAACUAUUUCCUAUGUGGAUUCAAAGGAAUUAAGGAGCAUUGCAGUCUUGACUGCCCAAGCGGAAUGAACUGCCUUAUUGAAGGCACCAUCCCCCCGAGCUCUGGGCUUUCCAGUUCCAGUGCUUUGGUCUGCUGUGCAGGACUAGCGACCCUGAUGGCAAAUGGAAAGAGUCUUCCAAAGGUGGAGUUGGCUGAACUUUGCAGCAAAAGUGAACGCUACAUUGGCACAGAAGGAGGUGGCAUGGACCAGUCCAUCUGCUUUCUGGCAGAAAAAGGAACCGCCAAGCUGAUAGAGUUUAAUCCUCUGAAGGCAACUGAUGUGAGGCUUCCAGAAGGAGCAGCGUUUGUUAUUGCAAACAGUUGCGUUGCAAUGAACAAGGCGGCAACUUCUCAUUUCAAUAUUAGGGUGAUGGAGUGUCGUCUAGCCACGAAGCUUCUAGCAAAAUCCAAAGGCCUAGAUUGGAAAGCCACAACAAAGCUCCAGGAUGUUCAGGUCAAGCUGAAACUAAGCUUAGAGGAAAUGCUGGCUGUGGUUGAGGAGGUGUUUCACCCUGAGCCUUACAGCAUAGAGGAAAUUGGGGGAAACCUGGGAAUUAGCCUCAAAGAGCUACGAGCUGAGAUCCUCAGCCAGAACACACAAGAUGUGACCACCUUUAAGUUAUACCAGCGGGCUAAGCAUGUGUACAGCGAAGCUGCCAGAGUCCUGCAGUUUAAGAAGAUAUGUACGGAGGCACCUGACGAUGCAGUCCAGUUGUUGGGGGAUUUAAUGAACCAGAGCCAUGCCAGCUGCAAGGAUUUGUAUGAAUGCAGCUGUCCAGAACUGAAUCAGCUGGUGGACAUCUGUCUGCAGUUUGGAGCUGUUGGGUCACGCCUGACCGGGGCAGGAUGGGGCGGCUGCACAGUGUCAAUGGUUCCUAUGGACAAGUUGGAGAAAUUCCUAGCAAAUGUGAAAGAGGCUUACUAUAAAAACAGUGACCACAUGUUAGCACUGGAAGAAAACAGCCUGUUUGCUACCAACCCUGGUGGUGGGGCUAUGAUUUUUCUUGAAGCCUAAAAGAUGCCAAGUUUUAAAAUGAAUAAUUUGGGACAUUGUGAAGCUGGUGGGACUUUCUAUGCCAUAGUAAUAAUUUUCUUACUUAUUAUAAUGAGCAAUAGGCAUUAUUAGAACAUAUUUCCAAACAAAAAAUUAAAAAGUGAAAGCUCUAUUAAUCCUCCUAAUGUAUUUUUCUCCUAAAAUAAAGAUCAUCCAAAAUGUUGAUUUCUGUCUGGACUUUACAAUAUAAAACUUGAUUUGCCAAAGCCUAUUCAAAAAAUGGAAAUAAACCAGAUUGAAAUAAAUAAAUAAAAAGCU